AUGUUAGCGGGACUUUUAGAUCUUUUACGCCGUGGUGAGAGAGAAGGCUCACAGGUAGGUAAGAACAAAAUACUUCCAUUUAGCUUUACAGGAGGACCAAGAAAUAUGCGUCGCCAAUAUAUGGAUGCUAUUGCAUUAGUGCAACGUUUUGGAAUACCCGAUAUAUUUCUAACUAUGACAUGCAACCCUUCUUGGCCUGAAAUUCAAGAAAACUUGAUGUCGACAGAUAAGGCCCAGAAUAGACCCGACUUAGUUAGCCGAAUAUUUCGAGCAAAACUAGAAGAGCUUAAAAAAGAUAUACUAAAAAGACAAAUAUUUGGUAAAGUUGUUGCAUCUAUGUACACAGUAGAAUUCCAAAAACGGGGACUUCCGCAUGCUCAUUUUCUUAUUAUACUCGAUGAAAAAUACAAACUAUUUACUCCAGAGGCAUAUGAUCAAUUUGUUUGUGCUGAAUUACCAGAUCCUAAAAGAAACUCUUCUUUAUUUAAGCUUGUUACACAACACAUGCUACAUGGUCCUUGUGGUCAAUUAAAUCCAACAAGUCCCUGUAUGAAGAAAAAACGGUCAAUGUAA